CGGCGGCGGCGAUGGCGAUGAUGCCUCAAGCCGGGCCUCCUCCCGGGCGGCGGGCGGAGCUGGGGUCCGGGCUGCGAGAUGGAGGGGGGCGGCGCUGCGGCCACCGGGCAGGCUUUUCUGCCUUGGGCCUCUUUUGUCGCAUGUGGCGCAGCUGUGAGUCCAGGCCCUGACUCCCUUGCCCCAGAAGGAAGAGUCCUUCCCGUCUGAAGAUGAACUCCAUGGAGCCCCUGGAGGUUGGUCCCAACGGGACUUGGCUGCGCGCACCUCGCUCCCAGGGAGGAAACAACACUGCCGUCCCCGGGGACCUCCAGCACCUCAUCCACACGGCCACUUUGGUCACCUGUACUUUUCUACUGGCGGUCAUCUUCUGCCUGGGCUCUUACGGCAACUUCAUUGUCUUCUUGUCCUUCUUUGAUCCAGCCUUUAGGAAGUUCAGAACCAACUUUGAUUUCAUGAUCCUGAACCUGUCCUUCUGUGACCUCUUCAUUUGUGGAGUGACCGCCCCCAUGUUCACCUUUGUGCUCUUCUUCAGCCCUGCCAGCAGCAUCCCGGAUGCUUUCUGCUUCACCUUCCACAUCACCAGCGCCGGCUUCGUCAUCAUGUCCCUCAAGACCGUGGCGGUGAUCGCCCUGCACCGGCUCCGCAUGGUUCUGGGGAAGCAGCCCGACCGCACGGCCUCCUUUCCCUGCACCGUGCUUCUCACUCUGCUUCUCUGGGCCACCAGUUUCACUCUGGCCACCCUGGGCACCCUGAAAACCAGCAAGUCCCACCUCUGCCUUCCCAUGUCCAGUCUGACUGCGGGAGAAGGGAAAGCCAUCGUGUCUCUGUACGUGGUGGACUUCACCUUCUGUGUGGCGGUGGUGUCGGUCUCCUACAUCAUGAUUGCGCAGACGCUGCGGAAGAAUGCCCAAGUCAGGAAGUGCCCCCCGGUCAUCUCAGUGGAUGCUUCCAGACCGCAGCCCUUCAUGGGGGCCCCCGGGAAGGGAGGGGCCCAUCCCGUGCAGUGUACCGGGCCCGCUCUCUACCGGAACCAGAAUUACAACAAGCUGCAGCACAUUCAGACCCAUGGGUACACCAAGAGCCUGAACCACAUGCCCACCCUGGCAGCUAGCCGGCUCCAGCUCGUGUCGGCUGUCAACCUGUCCACGGCUAAGGACUCCAGGGCAGUGGUCACCUGCGUGAUUAUUGUCCUCUCCGUCCUGGUGUGCUGUCUUCCCCUGGGGAUCUCCUUGGUGCAGGUGGUCCUGUCCAGCAAUGGGAGCUUCGUCCUCUACCAGUUUGAACUGUUUGGAUUUACCCUCAUAUUUUUCAAGUCAGGGUUAAACCCUUUUAUAUAUUCUCGAAACAGCGCGGGGCUGAGAAGGAAAGUGCUCUGGUGCCUCCAGUAUGUCGGCCUGGGUUUCUUCUGCUGCAAACAGAAGACUCGACUUCGAGCCAUGGGAAAAGGGAACCUGGAGGUCAACAGAAACAAGUCCUCCCAUCAUGAAACCAACUCUGCCUACAUGUUGUCUCCAAAGCCCCAGAAGAAAUUUGUGGACCAGGCUUGCGGCCCAAGUCACUCGAAGGAAAGUGUGGUCAGUCCCAAGAUCUCUGCUGGGCAUCAGCACUACGGUCAGAGCAGCUCAACUCCCAUCAACACCCGGAUUGAACCCUACUACAGCAUUUAUAACAGCAGCCCCUCCCAGGAAGAGAGUGUCCCGCAGAAUUUACAGCCAGUAAACUCUUUCGGAUUUGCCAAUUCCUAUAUUGCCAUGCAUUAUCACACCACUAAUGAUUUAAUGCAAGAAUACGAGAGCACGUCGGCCAAGCAGAUCCCAGUGCCCUCCGUUUAGUGUCCUGGAAGCUAGAGACUCAUGCACAAACUGUUUUUGUUUCGGAUACUAAUGGAUUUCUUUUUCACUUUUGUGAGACCAAUGGCAGAUGAAAACUAAACCGGUUCAGCGGAACGGUUGGCAGUUAGGAUUUUCUUCUGUCUGAAGUAUGGGCAUCUAUCAAUUAGCUUUGUGGUUUCCUGACGUUUUAAGAUUUGAUGUAAACAUUUAUAAUUUAGAUUUUUACCCUGACCUGUGCUCUGAUCUUUGGUACUAAACUUUUAAACCGAUGCCAGGAAUGAUCAUGCUAAUCUAUUAAAGGAGAAUGAACAGUUUGUGACUGUUUGAGUCCGUGUUUCGGGUCCUCAAAGUGCACACGAGCUGGAUUUUUUAAAUGUGAGGGUGUGAUCUUCACUGCAGUGAAUUUUUCCUUAAUUGAACUGUAAAUUUUGAUCCUUUGAAGUGUUGAAAUGGGGAACAAUGCACUUUUUUGGUAGCAGGCUUAUUUGAAUAAAUAAUACAUUGUCAAAGCAGAAAGUCAGAAAUAUUCUCAGUAAUUACCUUACCCAAGACACAUAGGCAUUAGGUAUUUUGCUUUCCUAAGACAGUCAACCAAGUAUUAUGAUUGCUACCAUUUCUUAUGAUAGACCCUAUUAUUUUGUGUGAAUUGACGCUAUUAUUUUGUGUGAAUUGACUAACUGUAUAGUUCUUUUUUUUUUUUUAAGAAAUAUGUUUUUGCUUGCUAAAAAUGUAUCAUUCUAUUUUGGAAUGAGCUUACCCAAGAAACCUAGUGAAGAGGACUGUACUUAUAGUAGAGGACCUUGAUUUCUGGGAGCAGAGGCACUAACUGGUCCUCUGAGUCAGGGUGUCGGUGAUGUGGGAAGCAACCCGGACUCCUGCCGUGUGUUAGAUGAUCUCCAUUAUUGCUUAAGAAGGUGUGAGAACGAGAUUGGGAGGAUUUACCCUGUUCCGUCUGUGUGAGGGUGGUUUGUUAACAAGCUGACAAAGAGUAUCCAAGUAACUAUUUCAAAAUAAUUUUUUUGUCUUUGUUUAAAUAUCACUGCGGUAGAAAAAUUCUUAAGAUUAUGUGUUUUCAAACUAAUUGUGCUGUUUCUCUCCCAUUAAUCUUGGCAAUGGGUGAUAAGGAAAACUAGAUUAUUUCUAAGCCUAAAACUAAUUUUUUGACCUACUCUGUAAUUCCUAGCGUAACAACGGUAAAUUCAUAUUUUUAUGUAAAAAUAUUUUCAUUAUACAGUUAGCUUUUGAACUUGAUACAAUUUUCAAACUAUAGCUGUUAGACUCAAGACAAGCGUCAAGAUC